AGUAGUCACCGUGCCAUUGGUCAGUGUAGUCUGGUCACGUGGGUUUCGCGCACUGCUGGAACACUGAAGAAAUUGCCAGGGCAGAGCCGUCGCAAGGCUGAUGGUCUGAGGUUGGGGGCGAUAGCAAAAAAAAAAACAAGAAACCCGACCAGCAAAAGUAUCCAGGGGUGGUUAGGGGGUUGCCUCUGAACACUAGAACCAGAGUCUCCAAACGUAGAAAAAAAAGGGGUGACUUGUGCAGAAAGUGAUCCGCGUGAGUAGCCCCCCGAAUGCAGACAAGUGGGAAUCCCCUACUUCCAACUUAGCGACUUUCUCAGUCGCGUCUUUCAGUUGAACGUGAACGGUCGUGAGGUAGCCGGUGAUCGUGUAUCUUAAGAGGAGUGACUAAGUGAAAGUUGAACCCCACCUUCAAGGUGCUUGUGAUAGUGGCUGAUAUUCAAAAAAAAAAUAUAUAUAUACAUAUUGUGAUUGAUCAAGAAACAGCCGUCGGAAAGUAAACUGAGAACCUAAAGAUGGGACCUAGGGGAGGUGUUAGUUAAGUCGAGGUUCCAAUUAAAAAAAUAAAUAGUGCUAGUACUAGUGACAAUAUGCAAGAAAAGUGUAACAGUCUGGACCCACAGAUGGGAACACAGAUAAAGUCAGAAUCGCCAAUGAAUACCCUCCAAGGGGGUCUUCAGACCCAGCAGGCCAACCAGCAGGGUCAGCUGGGUAUUAAGCUGGGACAGAACUGUGAUAAAAGAGCAGAUACGGCCUAUUGGAUGACCACAGAAAGUGGUUUCAUUAACUCUCAGCCCUCAAUGGCGGAGUUCCUGACCCACAUUGGACCUGAGAGCCCCAAGAUGGGACCCCAGGGUUAUCCUGUGGUCAGCCCAGAUGGCAUGGAUGGGGUACCCGAGUAUCCGUGGAUGAAGGAGAAGAAGACAGCUCGAAAGAGCAAUGCUCAAGAAAAUGGACUACCGCGUCGUCUCCGGACCGCCUACACCAACACGCAGCUGCUGGAGCUGGAGAAGGAGUUCCAUUUCAACAAAUACCUCUGCCGUCCUCGACGAAUCGAAAUAGCCGCCAGUCUGGAUCUCACGGAGAGACAGGUUAAAGUUUGGUUCCAAAAUCGUCGGAUGAAGCACAAGAGACAGACACUGUCCAAGACCGACGACGAAGACUCCAACAAAGACGGUUUAAAAGGUGAUGAUGACAGUCAACCUUGUAACUCCAACUCAAAGAAAUCCUGCCAAGGGUGCGAACUUCCAUCCGACGAUAUUCCUGACUCCACGUCCAAUUCUCGUGGCCACAACAAUAACACUCCAAGUGCCACAAACAACAACAAUAAUCAAAAUUCAAACAGUGCAACACCAAAUUCCAGCAGCUUGGAUCUCGGAACGCCGACCAACAACGGGGUCGUUUCUAACGGAAUCAACGCAACGAGCAUCAUCAGCGCGGAUUCCAGCGUGGCGUCAAGUGUUAGUCUCGAUGAUGACGACGAGGCUCCGUCCAAGGUGAAGAAGAAAGAUGAAAAUCACAUUGUAAAGAAGGAGGCCGUGUCCACGUCGAAGCAGUCCACCUACUUCGGCAACUACGAACUAUAUCGGCGCGAGAACGAAGUGUCUCCACUAGCGGGCGUGGCGGCGCCAAUAGCGCCAACAAAUGCGCCCUACCCCCGAGCCCAGAUGGCCCAAAUCAAAGGACCCCAACAGAGGUAUCAAAGUGCCUCAAUGGACCCAGCUUCUGGCUACUUCCCCGGCUACUACAAACAGCAGCAGCCUGAGUACUAUGGGAAAUAUGAAAUAGAAUUUACGAGCCAUCAAAAGCCCAUGAUGGGCCAACAUCAAGAAUAUCACCAGAUGAAGGGGGAUUUCGGGCACAAAGUGGGCAACUUUCAUCAGGGGCAAGCGUACUAUCAAGAGGGCGGUGUCUCUGGCGUUCAGUAUCCCCCCAAUCAGUACCAAGGCUACCCCACGGACUACGAUGCGUCCUCAAUGGACCCAUCUGUGUACUACGAACCUAAGACACAAACCAACUACUACGAUGGUAUGAACUACCAACAGCCCAGCGAAUACCCCGCCGAGGCCUACAUGACGCCACCAGCUGGCGCCACCAUCCAAUCCACCGACAACUGUGAUAAUUUCGCCACUUUCCAGCAGUACUAUGAGUCUCCGAAUGGGAAUCAAGUCUCAGCUCCUGCCAGCCAUCUCACACACCAUCAUGGCAUUCAUGCAGCGAAUUUUGUAGGGACGCAAAACAUGCCACAACAACAGAUGGCAGCACAGACACAACAUCAAUACACCGGCGGUGUGAAUCCCAAUACGGCGAAUCUGGUAGCGUUGGAAAACAGCAACAGCUCGUCGGAUUUCAACUUCCUCAGCAAUUUAGCCAACGAUUUCGCCCCCGAGUACUACCAACUGAGUUAGUCACUUUCUGGGGCAGAGGGCCUACUUGGAAUCGCUGAGGAGCCCAUGGAAUAUUAUUGUAAAUUCAAUGGUAAUGUCCGAUAAAGGGGUGGAUAUAACAAAGAAAAAACAUUCUAAUAUCGUCCAUGAAAUCUCUCUUAAGAGAAUGGAUUAAAAGAAUUUCACUCAAGAAGAAGGGGCAUGGUCGGAAGUGGUGCACAGAUACUGAAGAUUUUUCAUAUGAUAAGUAUCAUAAGGCAAUGGUGGACACAUUAUCAUAACAUCUUCCUCUAGCACAAGAAGUUAUCAAUGGUACUUUCCAAAACAUUACAGAUAAACAGAAGAAUUUUAUGGAAUACAAAAAAUAUUGAGGAAGAGAUUUUAAUAAAGAUCUAAAUAUUCUGUUUAUACAGACUGUAAAAUAAUUCUAUUUUGAUUUUUUUGACAGAGAAAAUAUUUAAAUAGGUAAAAAAAAAAGUUUUCAAUUAAAAAAAUGCAAUAUUAAAAACUAUUAAGGAAUUGAUUUUAAAAAAAAUUAUUUUCAAUUGCAAUAAUGAAAUAAAUAAAAAUGUCAUGAUGCUUCCACAUUUUUCGAUUUAACGAAAUUUACAGUAGAGCCCCGCUAUAGGCCAUCGCUCUAUAGUCCACAUUUAUCGACCGUUGAUUUCAAGACACUGAUUAAAAGAUAGGUUAUGUUUUUUAGUACGCGUCAUGGAAAGUUGUCAUAAUUAUUUUAAUAUUUUUGACAAACUUUAUUGAGUAUAUUUGUGAUAAUUGUGAUCCAUAAUGAAGAGAGCGAGGACGAGUACCACAUUAGUAAAGAAAGUGGAACCCUUCGAGCAAUAUUAAUACUAAAAGUCAAUGAUAAUUUUAAAAAAUGACAUGGACUAUAAUGCGACCAAAGUGUCAAAUCUGGAACCAAAUAUGGACUAUAGCGGGACUCUACUGUAAUCGAUUCAAAUUGUAUCGCUUUGUCUUUUGCACAAAUGAUAAAUUUUUUAACCUCUUUUUUUUUUAAUCGCAAUGUGUAAAAUUGUGCAAAUUUUCUAUAGCAACACUACUCAAUGUACCGUGCUUUGACAGCUAUAGAACAAAUAAACAAACUUAAUCGUUUCGGCAAACCUUCUAGAUCAGGAAAAUUUUAUUAAAUAAAAAUGUAUAUUCCUUUCUUUCUCAAACAUCUUGGAUAUAUCUGCCUUACUCAUUCGCACUCUUCUUCUUCUUUUUAAAGUCAUAACAAAUUUAAUUUAGUUUAAUCCAAUUUUAAGUACGCGAAAGUAAGACUGACAUAUGCAAAACGUUUGAGAAAAUUUUGUGAAUUUUGAUUUCAUCAAAUUUUCCUGAUCUGAAAGGUAUAGCUACUAUAGGCAUAAAAUUUAGUAAUACAGCUAAGACAAAAAGAAAUAUUUUUGUUCAAAAUCAUACUCAUUAAUGGUUAGCUUAUUCUUUCCAUGUAAAGAAAGUAAAAUUUGAAUUUAAUCCUAAUUUAAUUUGAUUUGGAUUAGAUGAAUUUCAAUUUCAACCUGUCAGACUUCGUCAAUUUUGCGAUUUAAAAUUUGGUUCAAUAUUUAAUUUUGUUAUAAACUUUGUUUAUAUACAAUAAUUUUAUCACAAAUCACUCUCAAAUUUUCAUAACAGAUAAUUUCCAAAAUUGAAGCUAAUUGAAGUACUACGGUCAAGUGUGCUAAUCCGGGCGCUUCGCUAUCUGGAUCGUUUAUGACUAAUCUACUUAAAAUAAUAUUUUUAUUUUUAUUUCCGUAAUAUAGUCACUACAGUAACACAAUAUAAAUAUUCAAGUUUGAGAAAAAGCAAAAAUAAUAUUUUUAUCCAUAAAAUAAGUAAGUGUAAUCGACUCAUUUCAAUCUUGUGCCAGCUGGGUUCUUCAUUAAAAAUUUUCUAGCAGUGAUAUUUUCACUAAUUGCAGCUCGUUGAUUGAAAACAUUUAUUAUUUUUUCCUUGCGAAAAAAGUAUUUUAAAUCGAAAGGUUUAAUUAAAAGUGCAUUAGCGAAAAGGCGACCCAGUUAGUGCAUGCUACCUUAUUUCAGUAUUAUCAUUAUUUUAUAAAUUCUCUUUAAUAUUUUUGAUAAUUUUUUUAUAUUAUGUUUCUAAAUGAAACAGUAAAUAAUUCUAUGGAUUUAGAAGAAGUAAAAAAAGAAUUUUAUCAGUCUAAAAACAAGCGUUUAAGUAGCACUCUUCGGAAAACGAUCCAGUUACCCCACUUUACUAUAUUUAAUAUAUUUAUUUAUUAAAUUUAUUAAAUAUAUUUAUUUAUUAAAUAAUUGUGUCCACACAUUUAUCACCUACAAUCUCUAAAAAAUUGAGUUAGAAUAACCUUAUUCACAUAUAAUUAAAUAAUUUGUUGCAUAUAAGAUAUUUUAAUCCUGUUAAUAUCUCUGAUUUGCUAAAAUCUCGUAAGCUUUCAAACUUUAGCCAAUCAGAGAGCGCAACAAGAUCAAAUAUUUUAUAGAAUUAAAUAUUUAAUUACAUGUGAAUAAUGCUUCUUUCUUAAAACUGCUGAAAAAUUCGUUAUUGAAAACCUCAAUGGGUUCAUUUACAAUAAAUUACUUAGUAAAAUCAAUUGCCAGAAUAAGACUAUGCCCUCAUUGAUUCCGCCCCUUAAAAUCGGACAAAAAUUAUCCUGUAAGAAAACAUCAAUUCUAAUCUAAAAAAAAACAAA